AUGCUGGUGCUCGCAGCUUCGCAGCUGGCACUCCUGGGAGCGGGGGUCGGAGACGCCAAGGCCAUGCGAGGUCUUUCCCCGACCACCGCGGGGACGGACUCCGUUCACUCGAUUACACCCCAGAGGUCUGAUCUGAACACCGCAGGGACAGAGGCAAGCUACUCUCCGCUUCCGCAGAUCCCGGCUUGCCCCUUCGCGUCCGCCGGGGGAGCGCCGCUGUCUCUGGCAGAGGCCCUGAGCAGUUCGCAGUCGGCGUCAUCGCCGGCUCCGCUGUCCCUUGCAACAUCCCUGUCUGUGAAUGAGGCAGCUUCCGGCUAUGGCAGCAGCGUGCAACAGGUCUUCUCAAUCACCCUGCGCAAAGCAGAUGACACCGAGCUGGGCUUGAACGUGAGGCCAGUGGAGAAGGCGCUUCUGGUGGAGGGGAUCCUCCCUGACGGCGCCGUCGAAGCCUUCAACAGGCCGUGCUGGGAUUUCGGAUGCGGCGGGAAGCAAGUCCCACAGCAGGGCCAUGCCAACGGCGCCUGGGGCACUAGAAAGCGCGCCUUUGGCAGCAUCAACUCCCAGAACCCUUGUCGAGCCCAUGCGAGCAGUGCAAGUCGCGUCGUCUGCGUGGGCGACAGAAUCACCAGCGUGAACAGCGUGUCCAACGAUCCCGAGAAGAUGCUCGAAGAGAGCAAAAGCAAGCAGCUGCUCAAGCUGACCUUGGCUCGUGGCGAGGGCCGUUUCUCAGCUCAAGAAGCAGCACCGCUGACCACGCCUUUUACUGUAAAGAUCGCGUGGCCAUUGAUGCUGACUCGCUUCUUGGCUUUCUGUGCUCUCGCGACUGCUGAAACCUGCCUGAACGGCACGGAGUGCGAGGAGGUGAACUUGCUGAGCUACGCUGCGGAGGAGGACUUUCCCAGGAGAAAACGAAGGUUUCGACGUCGCCACCACUAUGGCUACCGACCCUGCAAGAGUGCUGAGAGGCCGAGCUUGGCUGAUGGACCGGUACCUUGCACCUAUUCCAAGACCUAUGCUUAUCCUGCCACGGUGGUGCAAGAAGAUUCUGGAGGAGUGGCGCAGAUGGAGAGUCGAUGUGACAAUGCUGGGGAAGACUACGUGAAUAAUCAGUGUGAGGCCACCUGCAUCAUCAACUCCAACUCGCAAGGCUAUGACUACAACAAGUGGGAUGCCGUCAAGGCGUGCCCGUACCCCGCAGGUGCCACGGAGUUUCCCAUAGUAACGAAUCAGGAGCAGUGUAUGCAGCUCUAUGACAACUUCACUGCACUGGGUGAGGCUGUGGAUAUCACUUGGAACGGCGAGGUGUACAAGACGGGCAUCGGUCAUGGAGCACUGAUUGGUGUGCGUGGGAACUGCCUCACCAUCCGCUACAACGGCAAGAACGCCGUGAUUUUUCAGGUGGAUAUCCGGUCCUGGUCCCUGGAAAUUACUCAGGCAACCUACCUCUACCUGACAGACAACGAGAAUCCUGGAGGCUUCUGCUGGAUCCCCGAGGUAGAGAUUGUGAAUUGCUUGGAUAUCCCGGGGAUGCCUUCCAGCCUGAGCUAG